AUAGAAACUUUACAUUAAAAUAUAAAGAGGGGUAUGACGAGUCCUUUCAGGGAUGUAUGUAUUGUGACUAUUCAAAAGGCCCAUUUUUGACAUCGACUAAAUACAUUAAAAGAAAUUCAUUUCAAGAUUUAAAUGAAGACGGAGGCUUGUACGAGGAUUGGUUCUUAAGAGUUUAUCAAAAAGGUGAGGAAGGAAUAGUUUGUCCUGAUUCUAUGUUUGACACAAAUCCCCGUCCGGUGUCAAGUGUAAGCUGGAAUUCAUUUUUCGAUAUUUGGAACUUAUUUCAAAUACGAAUACCUGGUGGAAUAACAAUUAGUAAAAGGUGUGGCAAAAAAGAAAGCUCAUCUUCCCCAUCCAAAGCUAUGUCACUUUGCAAGUAUUUAGACACAACAGAAGCAGUUAAAGUUGUAAUGAGAUCAUGCGAGGAAGUUGGUAUUAUUUGCGAGCUUCAGGAAGGAACUACAUUAGGUGCUGUAAAAAUGGAGAAAACAAUUCCUUGGGAUAUUGACUAUGACCUUAGAUUUAUAACAAAUAAUUGUUCAUUAUGUAAGAAACUUGCAGAUGAGUUUAAAAACAAUGGUAUGUCUUAUGGAGAUUUUGUGACGCCUUGUUGCACUAAGGUUCUUAAACUAGGUGAAAUUAAUUACGUAGGUGUUGGAUAUAAAAGGGCCGGCGGCGACAUAUCUGGACACCCUACUCUUGACACAGAAAUAUACUCUAAAAUGGGUUUCAAGCCAACGAAGAUCUUUUUUGAUGGUGAAUGGUUAAAUGUGCCUAGGAACCCUGGAUUUAUUUUGAGAAAUAGAUACGGACUAGAACUGUUUCAACAUGCGGAACAUUAGAGGUUUACUGAUGGUAACGAGGCGGAUCCUAGAUUAACCUAUAAGGCAUUUAGUUUUUCACCAUGUAGUACUCCUGGUCGACAUGAAUGUUUAGAUAGAUAUAACCCUGAUGGAAAUAUUCAGUUUAAGGGUUUGUUACCCUAAUGUAGUUAUGUUAUAGACAGUGCGUGAUCUCCACAUGACUUUGGCCUUAAUGUAAUAAUUAUUUUAAAUGUCAGAAUAUAUUUGGAAACUAUUUUAGUGGAAUAAAAAUAAAAAUUAUUGAAGAAUAGUUUCAUGUAGUAAUUUAAAAAAUUAUGUUCAACUUCAGAAUACUUUUACAAACCUUUUAUGCGAAUGAAAUAAAAUUAUUAAAGAAUAGGUCCAUAUAGAAAUUUACCAUUUAGUAGUUUAAUAAUUACGUUAAUGUUUCAGAAUAUUUUUUGAAAACCAUGUAAGUGGAAUGAAAUAAAAAAUAUUGAAGUAAAUGUGCAUUUAAUAAUUUCAUACUAGUAAUUAUAUUAAAUUUUCAGAAUAUUUUUGGAACCCUUUUGAGUGGAAUGGAAUAAAAAACUAUUAAAUAAUAAGUGCAUUUAGUAAUGUUAUACCUUUUUGUUAUAUCUGUUUGUUAGGUUUUUUUAUUAUAAUAUCUUCGAAUUUUAUAAGAGUUAAAUAAAUAUGUGCGACAAUCUAGAGAUUUUUUUACAAUAUGUACCUGAAAUUAUACAGUAAUUUAAAAAAAUGAACCUUCUUAGUUAGACUCACAUGACCUAUUGUUUUUAAUAUGCAAAUGAGAGCGAAAUAAAUCAUUUUCGUAUCAUUUUAUUAGAAUACUGAACCUCAGGAAAAUUAGAAGUUAAUUUUCCUUUCAUUUGAAAAAUGGUAUUCUAAAUAAUGUCAACAUACCUGGAUGUGUUUAACAUAAAAUGUGUUCUAAAAUCAUGUAAUUUUGAUGAAGAAAAUGGUAUUUUUAUAGACAUUUUGUGAUUGUGUUCAAGUUAAUUCAUAAGAGGAUUUUUUUUGCAACUUGCAUUACGUAUGUUUGUAAGGUCAAAACAUGUAUAAUUAUGUUAUAUAUUUGUAUGUUUUAUUGACAUGUUGUUGGUCAAAGAAGUUUUUUAAAAUUACAUGUACAUAAAACAGUUGUCUUAUG